AUGGCCAGGAGGAAAGUGGCGGUCUUCCUGAUGCAGAAUGGAGCGGCCCCUGACGUGUCUGACGUGUAAGCGCGCGCGUGAAUUGAUGGGCUGCAUGUCAUUGGCAAUGGUUGUUGGUGACCUGUCUGUCUGUCUGUCUGUCUGUCUUUGGUUUGUGUCAGAAUGACUCACCAACACCAAAGUGAGGAACAGCGCUUACACGAUUGGCACCUCUGCUGCACAUUUGUUGUGUGAUGGGGCUCUUCGUUUGUCCCUCCCGCCCUUCAGCCCCCAUCGACCUCUGCAGCGAUGCAGGCAUGAUAUCCACACAAAGGAUACUGAGCGGACAUUUCCUCACUUGUGUAUGUCUCUGUCUCUGUCCCCUGUCUGUCUGUCUGUCUGUCUGCAGUCUUGAGGGAUGCGCUGAGGAAAUAUCUGCAGUAUGCGCGCAACGGCAACAAGCGGCACAUGUUCAACUGGGAGGCGUCAAUCGGCACACGUAGGAAGAUGAGAGUGCAGAGAAAGAAACCACAUUAAUGGAAGCGCAAGUGCAGCCAGCAACUUCACCAGCUGUCCUUUGUCAUCCAUCAUUGUGCAGUCCGCGAUGCGGGUGGGGCUACACAGUCAGUGACAUAUGAGCCGUUCUUUGUCCCGAGGUGACCCACAGAGCCUCUCCCUUCCCUGCCUGUUCGUUUAGGCGCGUCAUGUCUCGCUCUGUCUGUCAGGGCCGCUGCGGUGCGAUCGCUGGACUCGAACAUCAAAAACCGGCUCAGGCAGCUCGGUGUGGUGGGGGAGGGCAGGGUGGCGCGUAGGUUGACUCUCGUCUCCAUCCAUGGGAACUAACUCGAUAUGUGUCCAGGUGUCAUCUUCUGCAAUGUCAACCCGGGUGUCGGUUUGGCUUUUCUGGUUGCGACGGGCUGCGUGCGGGACUACCCCGUGGAGCUGGCGCAAUUCUUCUUCAAAUACGCGGUGAGCAUGUGAUGGAGAGCGGGUGAAUGGGAGAUUGAUUGAGGUCGUUGCCGGUGUCACAGGUGUCACCCGAGGCUUUGGGUCACUUCCUCGGCGAAAACUACAGGUACACGGAUGGCUGCCGUAGCUCCCUGUGUUUCCAUUGCUGUCCAUUUCCUCGUCUCAGCCUCUCCCAGAUUUUGCGGCUUGAGUUCCUCAACCUCCUGUAAGUCAGUGAGUAGCCAGCAUGAUGCCAGGCAAACGAGUGUCCAUUUGUUCUCCGCUUCAACAUACAGGCUUGACCACGAGCCGUCGAUGACAUUGCCCGAGGUCAUCCUGAGCACCUUCACCCGCGUUGCCGUCCUGCCCGCUUUCCAGGUGGGUGGCCAAGCCAUCCAUCGCAUAUCGCACGUGGAGGCCUCAUGGGUGCUGGCUGGGACGGCUCGCAGGCACUCGACCGCAUCAUUCACGCUCUUGCGCACGUGUGGUGGAGGAAGGAGCGCAUGCACACGGCCAAGAACGUACACACACACAGAGGCGGAUAGAUACGCCUACACAAAUGUCUGAAUGCAGUGCUGGUUGUCUCUCUGUGUGUCAGAGGGAAGAAGGUUCCGCGAUGGAUGGCCUGACGUUGGGUGCGCUGCAGCUGACGUCGAUCGACGGCCUCUGCCAGCUGUUGUUCAACUGUGUGAUGCUGGCGUGGGCGAUGCAGAGGGCCACAGACAGCAGCUGCAGUGAGGACGAUGUGCAUGUGCCAGAGGUCGAUGUCAACGCAUGGGUACGUGAAUGAGCAAGACAAAGGCGGAAAGCAAAUGAGCACCUUUUCCUUUCAUUUCUGUCAUUUCUGCAGAUGGCGCUGAAUGCUGGUAUGGAUGACGGCGAUGCCAUCCCCUUGGCAACGCAGCAGCGGCUGUAUCAUGACAUUGAGAGCAUACACCACCGACUGCAGGUGGGUGACAGGAAAUGCAACCAAACAGACACACCGAAGGAGAGAGAGGACACAUACACAUACUGAAAGGGCGGAAGGGCGGCCUGUGUGUCUCCUUUGCUGUAUCCAGCUGCCGAAGACCUUCUUUGGCAACUGUCAAUCGACUCUUCCCACCUCGCUGGACAACCACACCCAGUCGUACAUCGACCGCUGCACCCUCCACAGCAGCACCAUGCUGGCGCCCAACAACUCACCACUCCCAUUUAUGGGAGACUCCGUCCGCUCAUCCCUGCAGGUGCGGAUGGAGUCCUUUGGGGCCAACCACACCCACAGCGACAGGACACGAGACACGGAUACCAAUGAGCGCGGGACUGCUCUGCCGUCGUCACGAUCGUCAAGUGGGAGACACGUCAGCGCAAUGACAGCUGUGGGGGCCAAGCCGCCCGCCGGCAGGAGAGUGGAGAGAGGGAAGUCUGCACGGGGUGGGGGUGGUCUUCGGGAGCUGACUUUCACGCUUGUCCAGGGGGGUCUGUUGUUCAUGUCGACCUGUGAGCGGUCAGUGGUGCCUGACGCCUUCGUCCACCUGCCCAUGGUGGAGGUGGUGGACUGGAAGGAGAGCCAGAGGCUGUUCACUUUGGGAGGGAGACAUGGUGCCAACCUUCAGGUGACAGACAACUGAGCCCUUACAUCCAUAAAUAAAUGGAUCCAUACGUGUCGACUGUGGGUUGUGAGUGGCCAUGUUAUGUUGGUGGCUGCAGAUUGUCUAUUUGCUGGAGGAUGCGAGGUGGCAGGUGGUGGAGGUGCCCCGUGUGUGCCUCAAGGCGCAGUCAGACUGGUCAUUCAAUACCUGGAUGCAACACCUGCACACAGUACAGACCAACGACUGACCGAUUGACUGUGCAUUGUAUGUACAUCGGCGUUCUCGCGCAUGAUUGUUGCCCAGAUGUGAUGACUUUUGAC